CAGUGUCCAUGCCUUAUCGGUUACUUACUCACGUGUGUGCCGUGUCUCGUCUCGACACUCUCGAGGCCCGAGCAGCUGCACACCGUUUGGUUCUGGCUUCAGUGCUGCAGCUGCAGCUGCAACUAUUCACUGUACAACUGCAGUUGUGCACGCCAACUAUAGUAGGGUAGUCAUCGCCUGACUUAUCACGGGCACGGUUCAAUUUUUGUUUAUAAUUAAACCGUCCACACCAAUAUUCGUGCGCCAUGACGUCGUCGUUCGAACAAGAGAUGCAUGGCGUCCCACUGGUUCAGAAAUUUAACGCGCAGGCAUUAGAAUGUAAUACUUCAUUAGAGCUAAAGUGGACAAAUUUCAAAAAAGAAUAUGAAGAGUUAUCUACAUGCUUAGAAGAAUUUCCGAAGCAACUAUCUGUUCCAAUAUUGAUGCCACUAGGACCAAAAGUGUUUGUACGUGCACAAUUAUAUAAUACCAAUGAAGUAUUCAUUAGAUACAAUGAUGUUUUCACUAAACAGAGUGCUUAUGAAGCUAAAGCUGCUUGCGAAAGACAAAUUAAAAGGUGUGAUAAUAUGAUUGAGGAUUUGAGAAAAGAAAGAAACCUUUUUGCGGAUAAUAUUCGUGCUAGACAGGAUGUUGUCAAUGUUUCAGAAAAAUUAGUAGAAAUAAAUGAACCAUAUGAUGAAGUAGAAGAGGCAGCUUGGAAUGAGAUACAUAGGCAGAAGGUAAAAGAAUAUAAGAAACGUUUGGCCGACGAAAAACAGAAACAAGAACUAGAGCAACGUCAAAAAAUAUUAAACGAAUUUAAAUCGGUAGGGUUUGAUGAUAAACUUAGCGGAUUGAAUAGACCAACACUGUUUACAGCAUCUACCGUACACUAUACAAUUAUGAAUGGGGAAGACAAUGAUGGCAAUCUUUCACAUGAAAAUUUUAUUGAUGUGGACGACGAUGACGAUGAUGAUGAUGACGACGAUUAUGAUGAGGAGGAGGAUGAUGAUGAUGAUGAUGAUGAUGAUGAAGAAGAAGAAGAAGAAGAAGAAGAUGACGAUGAUGACGAAGAUAGUAAAAUAGAAAUUGUUUUCACCAAUGAUAUACCAGAAACCACUGGAUCCGUAAAAAAAAAGAAUAAAAAGCAAGUAUCAUUUAAUAAUGAUGUUCAAAUAAAAGAAUUUGUACCAAGGCCGGGAGAACAUUUCAUUCGUCGAAGAGAAGAAACAGUAACAGAAUCUAUAAGACCUGAAAUACUUGUCACUGAAAUUGAUGACAUUGUGGAAAGAGUAUCUGAAACACAUCUGCAAAAUGAAACUGAUGAUAAAGAAGAAAUUACAAGACCCAUUAGUAGGUUCAAAUCCAAUCGAAAUAAGUAGGAACAAUAACAUUUA